AUUCUUUUUAAUGCCUCUCUCUCUCUCUCUCUCUCACCCACACACACAAUACAACUUGUCUUACAGUGUCAAAGUGGAUGGUUCCCCCCCAAUGUUCUCGUCUCAGAUUCUAACGCACGAAGAUAGUCUAAACAUAGACAGAUGGGGUUAAGACCACGUCUUGGUAACGAUUUUUUAGAGAUACGGGCGAAACUUUCUAGUUUCUCUGGAGGUGGUCUUUUCCUACACUAUAGAUUUCUUCGUUUCCUUGUUGGUCUACAACUAGUUCCAGUCUGAAGUUACUGUCACGAAGUGAUAAGCCGAUUCUUCAUAAACCCAACUAUUAUGUGCUGUCAGCUGUGUGUAGGAGUUUUAACGGAUACUGUUCUAUUGAGAUGGUGUUUGUUAUGCAUCAGACAUGGAAAACAAUGAAGGUACCGAAGCUGAUGAUGAGGGUGAGGAUGAGGUUGAGGAUGAGUUUGAAGGACUUGACCUGGAACACAAUGAAGAUAACAAAGUGGAUGAUGGUGACGCAAAUGAGGUUGAGGAUGUCAAUAAUGAUGCAUUUGAAGGACUAGAGAUGGUUGACCAUGAAGGGAAUCUGUCUUCACAACAUGGCUUAUACCAUGACAGCAUAUCGAGGACAUACUUGCAAGAGCUUUUUGGUAACUUCCCUUCUAGCACGGAUGGAAUGAGUGAAGUGCAAGAUGACCAGAGCAUUGGAGAGUAUGAGAUCUAUGAACAAUAUGGCAAUGAUGAUUACUCCGAGGAUGAUGACUACUAAGAUGUCAAAAAUAGUCGGUGAGGAUAUAUAACAUAUGAGAUGGGUGAUAUACAGAUCAUGCUUAUACACCUCUUUUUUUAUGCAGCCAGAGAUGAUGAUGAUGAUGAGAAGCAUGUCAUGCCAUCACAUUCUAAUAUAUGUGCACAAAAUGACUCAAUGUGCUUUGCCAACUUGGUGCACAUAUCUUCUGAUUACUUAGUGAAGGUUGGAUGUUAAGAAUGCAUCUAUCUGGGUGGGCUUUACAUUAAUGUAAUAUAGAUGACAUAACUUGCUUGAUGUAAAAUUUUGGGACCAUGAGAACAUGUCAUUUUGUUUAGGACUUUAAAAUCACAAAAUCUCUGUAUAUUUAUUGAUUCCAUUGAUUGCUUGACUGGAUUUUGAAUACACUUAUUUCAUGAUU